AAAAACCAGGCUUUGAGGAUCUACGAGCGGAACCGACUGCGGAGACGGAACCUGAUGAGUGCGAGCCGUUCCCACAACUCUUUCAUAUCCACUGGCUCUUGCAAAUUCUCGAGAAGCAUUGCGAAAAACAAGGCCGGUCACGCGAAACUCCCGCGCGCCGAAUUCGGGUUAAGACCCCCCCGCGAAUUGGUUGCUUGGCGGAUCCGCAAGCGACUGAAGUGCGGGCUCCCCUUUCUCAGUUUUCUUGAGACCGAGAGGCACCGUUCCUUGUGGUUUUCCGCAGAUACUUCUCUCUACGUAGACAGAAAAGAACGAAUUCUUUUCGCAACUAAAUUUCCGCCUUUUCUUCGAGUGUGUCGCCGCCGAUCUCUCUCAACCGGCACAGCGGGCUUUGCGGCGCCGGCAAGGCAGCCGUCUCUUUCUCGGGAACUCUCUCGGCUCGUCAUUCAGAAAGGCUGCAUUUCAGAAAGCCCCUAACUCCCCUGUCCAAGAGAGAGGGAAAAGCCUGCGUUGACGACGGCGUCCUCUCUUUAGUGUGGAAAUCCACCUCGCGUUCAGACCGCCUCUCGGUCGCGGUGUGACGGACGCGAUUCCGCGCCGCUCCUGAAGAACACCAAAGGCGCCUUAAAUAUAGGCUUUCCCGGUUCCUGUUUUUCCUACGCGGGAGCUUCUAUCCUGAUUUUUUCUUCGCCACGCACUGACAAAGAGGUGAGCUGGCUUGCCUGACGCUUUGCAGCCCGGAAGCUACUACGCCUUCCCCUCCUGCGGCUUGUGCUCCGAUUUCAGCGGUCCCUGCUCGAAAUCGGAAGAUCUUUAUUUUGAACCGUUCGCGCCUGAAACAGUCGUUUUCUCGGAUGUCUGCCACCGGGUCAUUCGUCGCUAUCUCUUCGCUCUGUCUCGCGUCACGCUGCCUCUCCUCGUGCGGCAAACUCCCCACUGCGAACUUGGAUAGUUUUUCACGACCUUUCUUGCCCGGCUUGCUUUCAGCAAAUCUGGAGACUACAAACAGAGGCAGCGAGGCUGCUUGAUUGGAAAGGAUUUUCGCUGUGCAUCACGGACAAAGGCAGCCGGACCCAAUGGCACCUCCCACAGUCGCAGAAAAUGGAGGGGAGAACAGAACUCAGGAAUUCUUCAAGUUGGCCUGGCCAUCUGGAGAGAAAGUGACGCAGCUUGCGAACGACCUCUACAAGUACCUCGAGCGCUCUGCCACAAGCCCUGAAGAACAUGCGAACUCUGAAGAGUUGGAACUCUUCGAGUGCGCAGUCGCUGAGGAGGGCUCGCCGGCGCCUCUCCCGGAAGAUUUCGUACCUCGAGGAUCGAAGAUGAGAGCGAUUCUGCGCGACGAAAUCUACAGGGCAGUCCAAGAUGCGUCGGAGUCGUCUGGACGCGCAGCUCCCGUCGCUGCGAACCACCGGGUGUCUAUACAGUUUGUCAACGGAGAAGAUCAGUCGAGACUGCGACUCGACUUAGGUCGCCGCGUCCAGUGGGGGAGUGUGCACAUCAAGGAGUUUGAGAAGCCGGAGAAACACUGGGAUCCCAAAACUGAAGCUCGUGUGAAUGCUCUCAAGGCUCAGUACAACGGCGCCGAGCUCGAAGUCGUCUACAGACUCCUCGUGGAUGAAUACAUGACAGCGAAGCCUGUGUUACUCGUCACUCCGACGGGGAAGAAAUUCCGAUCGUCGGUCUGCGUUAACAAAGACAAACUCUUCGUCACGAAGGAGAUCGACGGAGUGAACUUGGUGGACGUAGCGCUGCGCCUGAACGAAAUCGCUCACAUCCAGUUCGGUCGUCCUCCUUCGCUUCGUCACUUCCAGAAAGGACAGAAAACAACGCAAGCAGAUUUGGACAGUCUCUACCUCUACAUCGUCUUCAAGGACAAUGCGCGACGCAGCAGUGCCACGGGCCUCCGCCCUGCCCCAGGUCAGCUGCCGCCUGCGGCGACGCCAGGGACGGCGGCGGGGACUCCGCAGCCGUUGACGGCGACGAUCUUUUUUUCGAGUGAAGCAGAGAGAAACAGCUUCGCACUGCUUCUGCGCACCAGCUUGCGUCUUGUUAGAGGCAGCGCCCUGGGCGACUGGGAAGACACCGUUGACGACUCAGACGAGGAAUACGCGAACACACCGGCUCUCGAGACGGUGGAGGAACUUUUCAGUUCUUGCAAGAGUCCAGACAGAACUGAGCAUGCAGACAAAUCUAGACUCAUCCAGUGCCUCACGGCCUUCGGGAAAGGCGUCGUCGUCCGCAAGGCUACCUCGAAGGGGACGUUCGUCGUUCGUCGCCUUUCUGUCGUAGGCGCGUCUCUCCAGCUUUUUUCUCUCAAGAGCAACAAGGGACAAGUCGUUGGUGUCUUCGACGACGUUCUUGCCGUGGUCCCCGGUCAAGACGACGACAGCUUUCGCGAAGUCGCGAAGAAAGAGCAACUGCCGCCGGCCUCGCUGUGCGCCGUCGUCAAACUCACAGAUCACUCAUUCGCCCUCAGUUUCCCGACGGAGACAGUACGAGACGACUUUGUGUUUAUGAUGAAUCAUCUGGAAGAAAGCGACGAGGUGCUGCGCUACAUCGACGACGGUUCGCAGUCGGAGCCGAGCUGCGACCGUCGGCCAGGCAGCAAGUAGGGUGGAUAUCGUGGAUCGGCAUCCCUCUGCCGCCACCAGAGUUUCAAAAGCGUCUUUCGAAGGUUUCGCCGAGACCAGAAGCGGCUCAACGUGUGUCGGACAUGUGCAUAAAAAGGAUGCCGGGGGCGGUCGACCCUCCACGAGUUAGGCGAGUGAGAGACGCAGAGGCCCGCAGCAAUUCAGGAAAAGGUGAUUUUACUGCGCGGCAUUAAGGUGGAAAUGAGACAGAGAUGCAGAAGCGAAGGAAGCGAGAGAGAAACGCGUGAAAAAAGUCGGAAAAUGAAGGUCGAAGCGCAGACAUGGAUCUUUCGGGGCGGCCGCCACGUUUGACGGGUUUCUGUGUUUCGUCUUUGAAAGACACAAAAGUGGGUUGGGGUGAACCGCGCGUUUCGGCUUUUCGUAAUUUGGCUUCUUGGACGUUUUUUUUUUCUAGAGGUCAGAAGCUCCGCUGCGUCCCCUGAUGAAGCCUUUUGUUGAUCCCAAUAUUGCCUUCCCGUUUGUGUGGGGAAAUUGUCAACCUCUUGCGAUUCCAUGUACACCCCAGCCUACCGUUUUUCACUGCGUUUGUCACCACAAUCUCGUCGAGAAAACGAGACAUUUGAAUCGAAUAUCAUGCGAGCAGAAA